CCCUUAUCAAAACAAAAUGAGAGCGAAACGUAACCAAAUCAGAAACGCACAAUAAACUAGUGUUUCUCAAGCUGAAACGGUGUCGUUUUCCAGGAUUUUACCUUCUCCAAUUCUCCACCAUUAACAUCAUGAUAGCAGUAGCAGUAAUGCCAAACAGCUUCAUUUCCGAUGAAGAUAACUAAGCACUAAUUUUCACAUUGAAGUUUGUUUUUCAUCCAUUUUUAGGAAGUGUAGGGUUUCGGAAAAUGGCGGAGCAGAGGAACCGGUGGAACUGGGAGGUGAGUGGAUUUGAGCCAAGGAAGUCAUCAUCGGCGGCGUCGGAGAAUUUGGAGGAGCAGAGAGUGGCUGUUCCUUCUCCGCUUGGUCGGAGGUACUCGAUCUCUAAUGCUUCUUCGGUUUCUGUACAACGAGAGAAUUUUGAGCUCUCUAAACAACAAGCUGUUGCUUCUAAAGUUACGCGAUUAAAGGAUAAGAUUAAGCUUGCAAAAGAAGAUUACUUGGAAUUGAGGCAAGAAGCAAGCGAUCUACAGGAAUAUUCUAAUGCAAAACUUGAUCGAGUUACACGUUAUUUAGGUGUUCUUGCUGAGAAAACUCGCAAGCUAGAUCAAGCUGCCCUUGAAACUGAGGCUAGAAUAUCCCCUUUGAUAAAUGAGAAGAAAAGGCUGUUUAACAACUUACUGACUGCCAAAGGAAAUAUAAAGGUUUUCUGUCGUGCAAGACCAUUAUUUGAAGAUGAAGGUCCUUCCAUCAUUGAAUUUCCUGAUGAUUGCAUUAUUCGCGUCAGUACUGGUGAUGAUACCAUUGCCAACCCCAAAAAAGAUUUUGAAUUUGACAGAGUGUAUGGACCCCAUGUUGGACAAGGCGAAUUGUUUAGUGAUGUUCAACCAUUUGUUCAAUCAGCUUUGGAUGGAUACAAUGUUUCGAUAUUUGCUUAUGGACAAACACGCUCUGGAAAGACGCACACUAUGGAAGGAUCUAGCCAUGAUCGUGGUCUAUAUGCUCGAUGUUUUGAGGAAUUGUUUGACUUAGCCAACUCUGAUUCGACUUCUACUUCUCGAUUCACUUUCUCUGUUACUGUAUUUGAGCUUUACAAUGAACAGAUAAGGGAUUUGCUAGCAGAGUUGGAGAGCUCUCUGCAGAAGAUUCGCAUGGGUUCAACAGAGCCUUUUAUUGAGCUUGUGCAAGAAAAAGUUGAUAACCCUUUAGAUUUCUCUAAAGUCUUGAAAGCUGCAUUACUGGCCCGGGGAAGCAAUGUAUCAAAGUUCAAUGUUUCUCAUUUGAUCAUUACAAUACACGUACGCUAUAACAAUUUGAUCAGUGGAGAAAACUUGUACAGCAAGCUUUCUCUUGUUGAUCUGGCUGGAACUGAAGGCUUGAUCACAGAAGAUGAAAGUGGGGAGCGCGUGACCGACUUGCUGCAUGUGAUGAAAUCACUUUCAGCGUUGGGGGAUGUUCUGUCUGCUUUAACUUCAAGGAAAGAUGAUGUUCCUUAUGAAAAUUCAAUGCUCACAAAACUACUCGCAGACUCCAUAGGUGGAAGCUCAAAAACUUUGAUGAUACUCAAUGUAUGUCCAAAUGCAGCUAAUCUGACUGAGACAUUAUCAUCCCUCAAUUUCUGUGCCAGAGCUCGAAAUGCUAUGUUAAGCUUGGGAAACCGUGAUACAAUUAAGAAAUGGAGAGAUGUGGCAAAUGAUGCAAGGAAAGAGUUGUAUGAAAAGGAAAAGGAAAUCCAGGAUGUGAAACAAGAGUGUUUGGGACUAAAGCAAACUCUUAAAGAGGCUAAUGAUCAGUGUGUGCUACUCUACAACGAAGUUCAGAAGGCGUGGAAAGUUUCCUUUACCUUGCAAUCAGAUUUAAAGUCUGAGAAUAUUAUGCUUGCAGACAAGCAUAAAAUUGAGAAGGAACAAAAUACUCAGCUGAGAAAUCAAGUUGCACAAUUAUUACAAAUGGAACAGGAGCAAAAAAUACAGAUGCAACAGCGAGAUUCCACAAUUCAGACAUUGCAGGCCAAAAUUAAGAGUAUGGAGUCACAGCUCAAUGAAGCUCUUCGUUCCAAUGAUGCUAGGUCAGCAAUUGGCUCGGAAGCAAGUCCUGGAAUUUCUUCAAUUCCCAAGGAAACUGCUGAUGACAUCGAUUCUUCUGCUGUAACAAAAAAACUUGAAGAAGAACUCAAAAAACGUGAUGCACUUAUUGAGAGAUUACAUGAAGAAAAUGAAAAAUUAUUUGAUAGAUUGACAGAGAAAGCAUCUUUAGCUGCAUCUCCGCAGGUGUCAAGUCCAUUACCCAAAGGAACAGUAAAUAUUCAGACUCGGGACAUGACAAGGAAUGAUAACAACAAUAAAGGACGCUCUCUGGAUGUAGUUUCCUCGCUGCAGGUUGCAGAUAAGACAGAUGGCACAGUUGCUUUAGUUAAAUCAGGUCCUGAGAAUGUUAAAUCUACACCAGCAGGAGAGUAUCUUACAGCUGCCCUUAACGACUUUGAUCCUGACCAAUAUGACAGCCUUGCGGCCAUUUCAGAUGGAGCAAACAAGCUUUUGAUGCUGGUCCUUGCAGCAGUCAUUAAAGCAGGUGCUUCGAGAGAGCAUGAAAUACUUGCUGAAAUUAGAGACGCUGUAUUCUCUUUUAUCCGUAAAAUGGAGCCUAAAAGAGUGAUGGAUACUAUGCUUGUUUCCCGGGUUAGAAUUUUGUAUAUACGAUCUUUACUUGCAAGGUCCCCAGAAUUGCAAUCGAUCAAGGUUUCUCCUGUUGAGUGCUUUCUAGAAAGGACUAAUACCGGACGAAGUAGAAGUUCCAGCAGAAGUAACAGUCCUGGAAGAUCUCCUGUGCGCUAUGGAGACGAACAUAUUCAUGGAUUCAAAGUGAAUAUAAAGCCAGAAAAGAAGUCCAAGUUAUCAUCAGUUGUUUUGAGAAUGCGAGGAAUUGAUCAGGAUAUGUGGAGGCAACAGGUCACUGGCGGAAAAUUAAGAGAAAUACAGGAAGAAGCAAAAGGUUUUGCGAUAGGAAAUAAGGCUCUUGCUGCUCUCUUUGUUCAUACUCCAGCCGGUGAGCUGCAGCGGCAAAUUAGGUCCUGGCUUGCAGAAAAUUUUGAGUUUCUAUCUGUAUCGGGAGAUGACGCUUCAGGAGGAAAUACUGGCCAGUUAGAACUCCUUUCAACUGCAAUUAUGGAUGGCUGGAUGGCUGGACUUGGUGCUGCAAUGCCCCCCAGCACUGAUGCUCUUGGCCAACUUCUUUCCGAGUAUGCAAAGCGGGUCUAUACUUCCCAAUUGCAACACUUAAAGGACAUUGCUGGCACUUUAGCAACUGAGGAGGCAGAAGAUGCUACUCAAGUAGGAAAGCUGCGUUCAGCUCUUGAAUCCGUUGAUCACAAGAGAAGAAAGAUUUUGCAACAAAUGAGAAGUGAUGUAGCCUUGUCUAUGUUGGACGAUGGCAGUCCACCAAUCCAAAAUCCUUCUACUGCUGCUGAGGAUGCGCGAUUAGCAUCUCUUAUUUCUCUGGAUAGCAUUUUGAAGCAAGUCAAGGAUAUAAUGCGACAAUCCUCUGUAAACACAUUGAGUAGAACUAAGAAGAAAGCAUUGCUUACUGCUCUAGAUGAACUUGGGGAACGGAUGCCUUCCCUUCUUGAAAUUGAUCAUCCCUGUGCACAGGGGCAAAUUGCAGAUGCUCGUCAUGUUGUCGAGUCAACGCCUGAAGAAGAUGACCGCAUAAAUGAGUUGGCAAAUGCAAGAAAACCAUCUACAGAUUUGGUGCCUAGUAAUGAAACCGAUGUGGCACAAUGGAACGUAUUGCAAUUUAAUACAGGCUCUACGACGCCAUUUAUCAUAAAAUGUGGAGCAAACUCGAAUUCUGAAUUAGUAAUCAAAGCAGACGCCAUGGUUCAGGAACCUAAAGGAGGUGAAAUCGUAAGAGUUGUUCCAAGACCGUCCGUACUGGAAAACAUGAGUCUGGAGGAAAUGAAGCAAAUAUUCUCUCAGCUUCCCGAGGCUCUAAGCUUGCUAGCCUUGGCAAGGACUGCAGAUGGCACCAGAGCUCGGUAUUCUAGACUGUACAGAACUUUAGCCAUGAAAGUACCAUCAUUAAGGGACCUCGUCGGCGAGCUUGAGAAAGGGGGAGUGCUGAAAGAUGUGAGAUCGUGAACAUAAAUGCGCGCCUUGUGCAAUGUUUUGUUGCUUGACUCCGUUGAUAGUUUACAAUUGUUAUUAUUUAUUUUGGCGGAAAGGAGGAUCGGAGCGGUUGGCUGUUGUGUGUUGAUAGAAAUUGGUGUUGUAGUUUAUUGAUGGCGAAGAAAACAUUUGUAUUUGAAGCUGGUAGUGGAUUUACAUUGUAUUGUAUCACACGUAUGCUCUGAAUAUAGUGUCGAUAUCAUUACCAAAUUCUUGUAAUUUUUUCAUUUGUAUCAUUGUCUUUCAUUCCUGCAUUG